AUGUUCCACAUGGGCCGCCUGAUUCGGGUGGAGCGUGUCCGUGCGCAGCAAUCUAUGCAAGGCGCGAAUGUGGCCCCGUUUGAAAGUGUCACUUUAACAACAUUCGGCCGGAACACUCAGUUGUUCGUCGAUUUACUGGAGGAAGCUCGGGAGACUGCGGUGGCUCGAGAGAAAGGAUGGACUGUCGUGUACAAGCCUAUUGGUCCAGACUGGCGCCCGUUUGGUUAUCCCCGACCACGUAGACCCUUGGAAUCGGUUGUUCUACGCGAAGGCCUUGCCGAAAGCGUUGUGAACGAUGUGCAGGAGUUUAUCGACAAUCAGUCUUGGUACACGGAGCGUGGUAUUCCCUAUCAUCGGGGUUAUCUACUCUACGGUCCACCGGGAUGUGGAAAAACCAGUUUCAUCACUGCUCUUGCCGGUCAUCUGGACUACAGUAUCAGCGUGUUGAACUUGAGCGAAUUUGGUAUGACUGCAGACCGUCUAGAUCAUUUGUUGACUCACGCACCUCUGCAAUCUAUCAUACUGCUGGAGGACAUCGACGCAGCAGUGCACAAUCGACAGUCUGUUGCAGCUCAAUCGAAAGCCUACGAAGGAAUGCCCACGCUGACUUUGAGCGGACUACUGAAUGCGCUAGAUGGCGUCACUUCCACUGACGGACGAAUCAUCUUCAUGACUACAAAUCACUUGGACAAACUAGAUGCAGCUCUGAUCCGGCCCGGUAGAGUGGACAUGCGAGUUCAUGUAGAUUAUUGUGAUGCCUUCCAGUUACGACGAAUGUUUUCCCGCUUCUUUCCCUCUGACGAUGGCCCCACCCCGGUGGUGUCGGAUCCCGGCUAUACCGGUGAGCAACAGACACUGUCUACCACAAGUCACACUCACGCUCCACACACAAUUCAGUCGCUGGCUACCGAGUUCGCACGUCAACUGGAACAUGUCUGUCUGAGUUCUGCGCAAGUUCAAGGGUUCCUGCUCACACACAAGGACAACCCCGUUGGAGCCCUGAAACACGUAGACGAGCUUCGCCGAGCAGGUGUCUCUCUUGACUCCUCACAACGUUUGAGCCCAGAAUCGCAUCCUUCUGCUGUAUAA